CCGACGAAUUAUUUAUAUAUAAACAGUCGAGUCCGCACGGAAUAAACAUAAUAACCAGUCUCCCAUUUGGAAAACUGCGAAACACACAUGAUGAUUCGCAUUUUGCAGCUUGUGUUUAUUUUGUGUUUUAGCCCAGUUCUGUGCACAGACGCAAAAGCAAGAGCAUGCCUGCCUGCUCCAUCAGUGCAAUGCACAAGCGUUGGAUGUGAAAUAUUCAAUUACCAUGGCAUAUGGGAGGACCGUUCUAUUUGCAAGGCGGCCAGCGUGGCAAGGCCCACUUCAGAGCCCCAACUCCUCCGUGCGGUUGCCCACGCUGUUCGUAACAACCAGAAGAUCAGAGUGGUGAGCAGACAUGCUCACAGCGUCUCGAAGCUCGUCUGUGUGGACAGCGGAGGACUCAUCAUUUCCACCCAAAACUAUGACUCCGUCAUUGAAGUGAAUAGAAAGGCCAUGACAAUCACUGUCCAAUCCGGAACGAUGAUGAGUGACGUGAUUGAAGCAGCUGCAAAGCAUGGCCUCGCUCUGCCAGCCACGCCUUACAUCAGCGAAGUUUCUGCAUCCGGCGCUAUUUCCACCGGAGCCCACGGCAGCAGCCUCGCCGGAAAAGGUGGCGGAGUUUAUGAAUACGUGGUGGGAAUGAGAAUCGUAGUGCCCGCGUCUCCUUCCGAGGGCUACGCAAAGAUCAUAAUUUUGACAGAAGCAGAUGAAGAUCUGAAGGCCGCAAAAUUGGCUCUGGGAACGCUCGGAGCAAUUUCAGAGGUAACAUUCGCCUUGCAGCCCAUGUUUAAAAGAUCAGUUUCUGUGUCAGUGAAAGAUGAUUACGAUCUGGAAAAUGAAGCGGAAGGUUUCCUCAGAGAUCACACAUUUGGUGAUAUAAGAUGGCUUCCUUCACACCGGAAGGCCGUUUUUCUGGCCAUAGAUCGAGUUUCUGUUGAUGUUGCAGGAGACGGCAGCAACUCAAUGCUGGGUACUCCCGCCACAGUCGCUGACAUUGAAACAAGUGCUUAUCAAGUCGAUACAUUCCAGGCAGAAGCAGACGUGGAUGCAAUUUGCAACCUUAUUGGAAACGGAACAAUCCAAGCUGCGGCGAAUGGCCACGGGUUUUUGAAUGACGGGAAACGCUUCACAGGUUACCCAGUUGUCGGUUUCAAUCAUCGCAUGCAGACAUCUGGUAAAUGCGAACAAAUUCCUAAACAAAAAGAUGAGAGAUGUACUCCUACCCAAGUUUUAGAUAAAAAUGCGACCACAUGUAGCUGGGACCGUCGCGUGCACACGUCUUUGAACUUUGACGUGGAACUGAGAGUGCCUUUGUCUCGAUUCCGAGAAGCCAUUGUGGAUGUAAAGAAAAUAAGAGAUUUGAAUCCCCAAAGGAUGUGUGACUUUGAUGCAAUAUAUUUUCGGUCUAUUAAGGAGUCUGAGGUGUACCUCGGACCCAGUGAGGAUCAGGUGACGAUGGAGCUCCUAACUUAUCAACCAAGGGAAGCGGGUACGCCCAAGUGGAAUGAGGAUGUAUACCAAGAGAUAGAGCAGAUGGUGAUCGACAAACACGGAGGGGGAUUGCAUUGGGCAAAGUCUGGAGGUUACCUGUUCGCAGGGUUGGUCAAACAGACUGUGAACUUGGAAGGAUUUUUGAAGGUGAAGGAGAGGUUUGAUGCGAAGGGAGUGUUUUCAAACGAUUGGACGGACAGCUUGUUUGGGAUUGGAGGGAAAGGUGUGGAGGAGUUGAGAGAUGGAUGCGCACUGGACAAGAUGUGUAAAUGCAGAGAGGAUAGACAUUGCGCUCCAGACAAAGGGUUUCUCUGCAAACCAGGGAGAGUAUGGGAUUAUGCCCGUGUUUGUAGGAACAUCAACUGAGAAGGUUUUGUUAUAUGUCUGAAUAAGUAAGUAUGGUAACGUUUUGUUUUGUGUCUGAAUAAGUGGGUAUAGUAUCAUACCAAACCCAUCAUGAAUAAGUAUCAUAUCUAACUCAUCAUGAUAUUCACUUCACGAGUAACCAGUUGUUUGUUUGAAA